AUGACUGGCGCACACACCCUUCCGAAGGACUUUACCUUCUUUUCCCCAACCGAGUCCGAACCGAGGACCCCAGAUCGUCCUCUUCGCGACCUCUCUCACCCACCACGGCCUCACCACACCUCUCAUCGCGUCAGGAGACGGCGCAUGGAGCGGAAACCCAUCCCCUUCUCCGCGCCAGACGUGCCGCUCCCUUCCAUCGAGCUAUCGCGUAUCUCGCCUCCAGAAUCUACCAGCGAAUCGCAAUCAACCAGCGGCCCAGCCUUCAUCUUCCAGGGCUGCGGCGGCUACCUCGACGUGCCACGACGACAGAGGACUGAUCCCAAGACACCGCCGGCCCAGAUCCGUGACCUGGCCUCUCAAUCGUUCGAGAAUGGCGCCGCAGAUGGGACAACAACCCCCGUCGGCGCGUCUAUCAGUAGACCGUCGUCUGCCUGCUCGCACGCCUCAGAUUCUUCCUUCUCCUCCACCUCAGCCGCGUCCUUUGACUCGUUCGAUUCAUUCAUAUCCUUUGGCGGUAGUUGCACUAGCCCUGAGACUGAGAUAGACGACCCUUUCCUCGCGGUCAGCCUACCAGAUAACAAGAACAACCUCGACACCCCGUCAAAGUCCGUCAAGAACACACCAGUCAUUCCAGCUAACCUCAGCCAAAACCAGCGCUGGACCUCAGAGAUGGACCAGCAUCUCUGGAACACCUACCAGAUUCACCUCCAGGAUCCAACCAUCACCCCGUUUAAGAUGUUGCCUGGUAGCUUGCCACCACUUGGAGUCUCCCACCGGGUCGCAAGGGAAGCACGCAGAGCCUGGGUGAAAGCAAAGCAGCAGCAGCAGCCUCAGUCUCAGUCUCAGUCUCAGUCCCAAUCCGAAUCCCAGCCUUCUGAGUCUCAGUCUUCUCAGUCAUCCGAAACGGCCAAUUCCGCGAGCAAAAACACACCACAGUGGCCUCGCUCUGAUGCUGUUACCAGACGGAGACUAAAGGAGUUGUGCAAAAGGAAAUACUCCAUUGCUCCGCACUAUCAACGUCUGUUGGAGUCUCGAAGCCCGUCCCCUCCUCCGGACCUGCUCACCAGCUACACCACCACCGCUGUUACACCUGUUUCUGCGCCUUUCACCAGAGACCUCGGUAUUUCUCUUGUCUCCGGAACCAUGCCCAGCGACCCUCCAGAAGCUGCUUCAACUCCCAACAUCAUCUCCAACACGGUUAGCUCUGUGGCGACUACCGGUAAUGACGAUGACAUCCCCCGUCUCGGCUCUCCCUUCAUGUAUCAUACUUGGGGACCUUCAAAUACGCGUCGAGUCUCGCAAGCGGACACAACCCCAGUCAAACCUACCGUUGAGACUCAUGAUACAGUUCAUGUCACCGGCUCACGCCUACGCUCUGGCAUUGCGCCUGAUCUCUUCACUCCCACCAAUAACAACCAGCGUCUGCCAGAGGUAACAGUCCCAGCCGAUACCAAAGAUCAAACUCCAGCCCGUGUCCGCAUACGUACGCGCAACAGGGGCCUCACUACUAGCAGCAGUAGCAGUUCUCACAAUAGUAAUAUGCUCAACAUCAACUCGCGGCACAGACUGAUCCAGCUCUUCACUCCUCCUUCAGGGUCAGGCUCUACCGAAACCGACGGUCUAACCUCCCAUGGCCAGACUCACAGCCCUGAAAUUGAGGGAGAACGGAUCAAGCGCUUGGGUUCUCCCUUCAAUCUUGACCUGCCUGCAAGCAAACGGCCGCAGCCGCACCCACGACAGUACAAUCGUCCUCGCCAUGCACCCUCUCGCUCUGACACUUUUCUCAUGCACCCGCCAAUACACGUCCAGGGACAGCCGUUCUUCUCCACUCUCUCCUCAGCACCGGAUCUAGAUGCGUCUGAUACAGAACGAGCACCAGCUCCAGCCACGGCGCUGCACUCACCAAAGGCAUAG